AUGGCGUCAAAUCUCCCAGCCCAGCCAAAUCUCCGGGUCACGAUUAUCGCGGCUGACGGCUUGUACAAACGAGAUGUCUUUCGAUUCCCCGAUCCGUUCGCCGUGGCUACUGUUGGAGGAGAGCAAACACAUACAACUUCCGUGAUUAAGAAGACCCUCAAUCCUUAUUGGAAUGAGCCAUUCGACUUGAAAGUCAAUGAGGACAGUAUUCUCGCGAUCCAGAUCUUCGACCAGAAGAAAUUCAAGAAGAAGGACCAGGGUUUCCUCGGAGUCAUCAAUGUUCGCAUCGGCGAUGUCAUUGAUUUGUCGAUGGGUGGUGAUGAAAUGCUCACGCGUGAUUUGAAAAAGUCAAAUGAUAACCUUGUGGUCCACGGAAAAUUGAUCAUUAAUCUAUCAUCAAACCUCAGCACUCCGCACCCCAAUCAGAAUGGCCUCCAGCGUCAACAGGCCCAGACGUCGACAUCGAGCGGCCUUGUGCCUCAGGUUGCCGCAUCAACUCCGCAAUCGCAAGCAGGCCCGAGCAAUCUUGAUUCAUCUACUGCCGCAGAUUCGAGUUUAACAGCCGCCCUUUCAAGCUUAUCAUUGAACCAGCGUAGCCCGUCGACCGCUCCGCCAGCCGGCGCCCCUCCCCCGUCGAAUGGAGCUCCUACUAAUCCCCCUGGACCCAGCGCCCCUUCUCGCGCCAACCUCAGCUCCUUUGAGGAUAGCCAGGGUCGACUCCCUGCCGGUUAUGAGCGUCGCGAGGACAACUUGGGACGAACAUAUUAUGUGGAUCACAACACUCGCACCACGACUUGGUCACGACCAUCCGCCAACUACAACGAGCAUGCCCAGCGUUCGCAGCGCGAAGCCAACAUGCAGCUCGAACGUCGGGCCCAUCAGAGCAGAAUGCUUCCGGAAGACCGAACUGGCGCCAGUUCACCGAACCUACCGGAUGCACAGCAGAUACCUACGCCACCGCCCGGGCCUACCGCAGGAACCUCUCUCGCAACUGGAGCCCCGGCUGGCUCCAACGCUGCUGCGGUCUCCAUGAUGGCAACGGGAGCCACCACUGCAGGUACAGGGGAGCUUCCACCAGGGUGGGAACGAAGAGUGACGCCCGAGGGACGACCCUACUUUGUGGACCACAACACGCGCACUACGACAUGGGUUGAUCCUCGCCGACAACAGUACAUUCGCAUGUAUGGCCAGGGCCAGACCACUGGAGGCGCGAACAAUACCACUAUUCAACAGCAGCCCGUAUCCCAAUUGGGUCCUCUCCCAAGCGGUUGGGAGAUGCGUCUGACCAACACUGCGCGAGUAUAUUUCGUUGACCACAACACCAAGACAACUACAUGGGAUGACCCACGGUUGCCAUCCUCCUUGGAUCAAGGCGUGCCUCAGUACAAGCGUGACUUCCGACGCAAGCUUAUCUACUUCCGAUCCCAACCCGCGUUGCGCAUCAUGUCCGGACAAUGCCACGUCAAGGUUCGUCGUAAUAACAUUUUCGAGGAUUCCUAUGCCGAGAUUAUGCGGCAGAGCGCCUCCGAUCUUAAGAAGCGCUUAAUGAUCAAGUUCGAUGGUGAAGAUGGUCUCGACUAUGGCGGUCUUUCACGUGAAUUCUUCUUCCUUCUCUCUCACGAAAUGUUCAAUCCUUUCUACUGUCUCUUCGAAUAUUCUGCCCACGAUAAUUAUACCUUGCAGAUUAAUCCCCACUCGGGCGUGAACCCCGAGCAUCUCAAUUACUUCAAGUUCAUCGGUCGAGUGGUUGGUCUGGCUAUCUUCCACCGUCGUUUCUUGGACUCCUUCUUCAUUGGAGCUUUCUACAAAAUGAUGUUGCGGAAGAAGGUUACUCUUCAGGAUAUGGAGGGUGUGGACGAGGAUCUGCACCGGAACUUGGCAUGGACACUGGAUAAUGACAUUGACGGAAUUGUGGAACUCACAUUCUCGGUCGACGAUGAGAAGUUUGGCGAGCGUCGCACUAUUGAUUUGAUACCCGGUGGCCGGGAUAUUCCCGUCACCAAUGAGAACAAGCCACAGUACAUUGAGUUGGUUACGGAAUGGAAGAUCGUGAAGCGAGUCGAGGAGCAGUUCAAUGCCUUCAUGUCAGGAUUCAAUGAGCUGAUUCCUCCCGACCUUGUCAACGUCUUUGACGAGCGUGAGCUCGAGUUGCUCAUCGGUGGUAUCGCCGAUAUUGAUGUCGAGGAUUGGAAGAAACACACCGACUACCGCGGUUACCAGGAGCAGGACGAGGUCAUCCAGAACUUCUGGAAGAUCGUUCGCACCUGGGAUGCUGAGCAAAAGUCUCGUCUUCUCCAGUUCACCACUGGUACCUCGCGUAUCCCCGUCAAUGGAUUCAAGGAUCUGCAGGGCUCUGAUGGUCCCAGGCGCUUUACUAUUGAGAAGUCUGGUGAUCCUGCUGCGUUGCCCAAAUCCCACACUUGCUUCAAUCGUCUUGAUCUUCCUCCUUACAAGACGCACGAAGCCCUCGAGCACAAAAUGUCUAUCGCUGUGGAGGAAACGCUUGGCUUUGGACAAGAAUAG